UUUACACUGCAUUUCAUUCUACUGCAGCCUGAGGAAAGAUAUGCCAGAGAUUGAAAGAAAUUAUCAAGCUCUUUUAGACAUGGAACAGGAACAAGUUUUGUGGAAAAAAUUCUAUGUCUGGAAGGCGGGAAGAACAAAUGGAGCUCAUUCUCAAAUUGUUCAAAAACUCAAAGACAUCGGCCACACUGAGGUGGACUCUCCUGAAGAUUGUGACUACCUUCUAGGUUUUUGUCCUAUUGCUUCACGAGUUGGAACAGACAUCACAGAGGCUCUCAACAACAAACCUCCGGGUAAACCAGUGAUUCUGGUGGUGAUGCACCACACUCAUGAUACUCGUCAUGUUGUAGCCAAAAGCAGCAGACAGGUCUACGACCCAGAUGUCUGCCUCACUGUGGAUUGUCUCUUUUAUGAUGGCACCCUCCUUAACUGCAGUCUCAAUGACAACAUGUGGGCUGAAAUCAAGAAUCAUUUUGGAGUUCUCAGUUUGGAGACUCAGGGCUCUGACUUGCUGACCAGGAUAGUCAAUUGGAUAAAGAACCAUCUACUGAUUGUAGCACUCAUCAUUGCAUUCAUUUUUGUCAUCAUUCUAGUGACACUUACACAAGUAGACAAGGUCGAGCAUGCUCAUGCUGAAGGCACUAACAAGUCGUCAAGUACAAAUAAAACAUAUGUGUGAAAUAAUUCUGCUGAAUGUAUUAUCAUAAUUAUGCUCAUAAAGAAUAAAUACAAAUCUUUCCUGUCUUGUUGCUUUUCUGUACUUUAUCUUAUUAACCUUUUACUUUUUACUAAAAAUGUAAUUUACUAAUAAAUAACAAUA